AAAAAGUUGUAGUCGCCCGCCCGCUCAAGCAACCGCGGCGGCGGGCGUGCGGGAAGCGAGCAGUGACGGCCGUGUGUGUGUUUGUAAACGGGUGUGCGCUGCUCGGGUGCAGCAUUAAGAAAGCGAUGUCUCCUCCGGCGCUGGGCAUCGGCAGUGAUCACCGACGUCGGCCACCGGUGUGAUAUACCCGAACGCGACGAUGUCGACGGUGCAGAAACUGUGCGAUCGGUGACCCGGUCGGCGGGCUCUCUCGCGCCGACGAGAAGCUCGACGUCCCCGGAGAGCAAGCUCCUUCGGCCACGGCGGCCGAUCCGCCAACAUGGCGACCUUCUCCCAUUGGGUCUGGGUCGUUGUUUGGACACAAUUCGUGCUUUUCCUGACGCUUUCGGCGCCCGCGGACGGGCAGAAGAUGUACUGCCCGUCCAAGUGUUCGUGCCUCGGCCCGAUUUUCGAGUGCCGCCGACGGGGAUUGACAGAAAUACCCAGGGAUUUACCAUCGUGGGUCGAGAUUCUGGAUAUCAGUCAGAACGAGUUUACCGUGUUGGACACCAGGAGCCUUCAGCACAUCACUCAAUUAAAGCGCUUAAAAGCAGCACACAACAAGCUCUCUGCAGUUCCAGAUCUUGGCUCUCAUCCCCAUUUAACUGAACUUAACCUAGCUCACAAUGCCAUACCACAACUUACCAGUGACCUGAAGAAGCUUCCUCAGCUGAAGAAUUUGGACUUGAGUUUUAACAAGAUCACAUCAAUUUCUGGAGGUGUCUUCACCAACAGUUCUAACCUUCAGUAUUUAUCACUAAGUUCAAACAAAAUUUCAAGCAUCGAGAAAGGUUCUCUCGACAACCUCACAAGUUUGCAGACACUUCAGCUCAACAGGAAUCGUCUCGCCACCAUUCCCAAGAACCUGUUCCUGAAUCUUAAAAGCCUCAAGCAAUUGGAGCUGGACAAGAACCGGAUCCGUGCGAUUGAGGGCCUCAGCUUCAAGGGCCUCGAGGCAUUGGAAUCUCUGAGCCUACGCAAGAACCUCAUCAGCCACCUCUCUGAUGGGGCUUUCUACUACCUCGGCAAGAUUCAGACUCUCAACCUGGAUUUAAACAACAUCACGGCUGUGACCAACGGGUGGUUGUACGGGCUGUCCUCCUUAAGAUCGCUAAACCUGACCCACAAUGCCAUCACUGAGGUGGACAUGGGGGGCUGCGAGUACUGCAAAAAGCUGACCCACUUAGAAUUGACCUUCAACAACCUUCAGGCCAUUACUAAGAGUACUUUUGCAAAGGCGGAGUCUCUGCGCUUUCUCUACCUCGGACACAACUCUGUCUCUUACAUUGAAGAAGGGGCCUUCAAGCAGCUUAACCAACUGAAAGAACUGUACCUGGACCACAAUGCCCUCUCGUCGACAAUGGAGGACACGAAUGGGCCCUUCCUCGGCCUGAGCAGCCUGAGUCUUCUCACCCUCUCCGACAACCUCAUCAAGUCGCUGACAUCGAGGGCGUUUGCUGGCCUGGGCCGCCUGCGUUCUCUAGACCUCUCGAGGAACCCAAUCACCACCAUCAGCCAGGGCACCUUUACUCCUCUGCGCAGAAGGCUGACCACCCUCCUUCUGGACAGCAGCAGCCUUCUGUGCGACUGCAAUCUGCUCUGGCUGCCUGCAUGGAUUGUCCGCAAGGGUUUCCAGGAAAGCGUCAAAGUGCGUUGCGGCCACCCGCCUGCACUCGAGGGUCUUCCUGUGCUCAACAUCGCAGCCGAGAACUUCACGUGCAAGGACUUUCCGAAGCCUCAGAUCUUGCUGCAAAGCCCUGAGAACCAGGUUGCACUCAAGGGUCAAAACAUCACGCUUGUAUGCAAGGCAGCUACAGCAAGUGCAUCGAGGCUCGAGUUUCAGUGGAGAAAAGAACAGAAGUUCCUGUCUGACGUCGAGACGGAGGUCUCCGAGCAAGUGGAGCCCAACGAUGUGAUGGUGUUCACAAGUUACCUCCACCUGAGAAACAUCCAGAAUAAAGACGAGGGCCGGUACCAGUGCGUGAUCCGAAACCAGUUUGGCUCCGUCUACUCCAAUCACUCCAACAUCAGCGUUUAUGUGCUACCCUCGUUUGUGAAGACUCCUUCGAACCUGACGGUGCGUGCCGGAGGCACAGCGCGAUUGGAGUGCGGCGCCACGGGCCAGCCGACGCCCACGGUGUCGUGGCAGAAGGACGGAGGGGAUGACUUCCCGGCCGCCAGGGAACGCCGGAUGCAUGUCAUGCCCACCGACGAUGUCUUCUUCGUGGUGGCCCUCAAAGCAGCCGACUCGGGUGUCUACACCUGCACCGCCCGCAGCCGAGCUGGCGUGGUUCGUGCCAAUGCCACGCUAACUGUUCUCGAGGCACCAGCGUUUGUGCGUCCAAUGCGAAGCAAGCUGGUGGCAGCCGGCGACACGGCGGUGCUGGAAUGCCUGUCGUCUGGUAGCCCCAAGCCACGUCUCACCUGGCUCAAGGAUGGAGCACCCUUGGUGGCCACUGAGCGGCACUUCCUAGUGGCUGAAGCGCAGCUGCUGGUCAUCACCGACAGUAGGACGACGGACUCGGGCCAGUACGCUUGCGAGAUGACCAACACCCUGGGCAUUGAGAGGGGGCUGUCUCUCCUCAAGGUGGUGCCAGCCAAGUCCUCACUGGGGCCUUUGGGUCCCGAUGCGGAAGGCAUGACCACGGGCAUAGUGGUGAUUGUGGUCGUUGUCUGCAUCGUGGGGACUUCCCUGGUCUGGGUGUUUAUCAUCUACAAGACGCGCAAGAGGCAGCGCCCUACCUGCAACACGCUUCCAGAAGCCCCGCCUCCUGUGGAACCUCCGAGAAGGCCUCCAGAGCAGGAGCCAUUUCUCAGAGCUGAGGCUGAUGUGGGUGACAUCCACGUGACACGGGACAUCUGUGCUGACUCAGGUUCUGACCAUUCAAGCAAGGAGAGCGGGCACCAAAGUUGUGAUGACUUGGGCUCCCAGGUGGACACAAGUAGUCAGACGUUCAUUCUGGGGGCAAGCAGGCUGCCUUUCUUCGCACGAGGUCGGCGAGAAGGCAGCCUGAGUUCUGCAAGCGGCAGCAGCAGCAGCCAGCCGAGCCCUCCCCAUGUGCGGGCAACGCUUACAAGUUUCCAGCCCCGGGCGGCGACUGGCACUCUGUUGGAGCAGACAACAUUGCGGCAUUUGACGAGGCAUCCCAUUGCACUUGGGCGGCCUUGCCCUCCCAGCAGCUCCCCCUCCCCCGUCCAUUCGCGAACAGCGUCGGCGAGUGGACAGGCCCGGUCCCUCUCCGAGGGCCAGCUGGCGGCGCCAAGGGCGGCAUCCGUACCGCUCGCCCGCCGGCACAUCCGUGUGCGCCGCGGUUCCAGUGCGAGCAGCGAGAGCAGCGGAGCAAGCGGCGCCAGUGGUGGUCGUGGUGGCAGCAGUGAUGAGCGGGACUCUGGCUUCUCCACGUUUCCUCGGAGUGUGCGCAGCUGGAGUUCGGCGUCCCUGCAUUGCAGGCUACAUCCCAGAGAGGUUGUCAUCAAUGGAGGCAGCAUAGCAACAGUCAGCGGGGCUGGUUCCCAGCAGUCGUGCUGCCUCACACCAGCCUCGGUCAGUCAGCAGGACGUGGCGUCUGCCGCAUCUGCUGAACAGCAGCCCGCCGUGACAGACGUCCACCUCUCGCCGGGCAGACGGCGCACCAGAGCAACCCUGAUCAUCGGCAGCAAGAGGCCACCACAGCCGUCCCCUGCUCGUCGGGCACCAACCACAAUGGCUUCGGUGGUGUAGCAGAAGCAGCAGCGGCAGCUGCCGGAAUGUACCCAGCACAAAUGGGGUGGUGCAUGGUUGAUGUGGGUGCAUCGUAGUGAACACUUGAGCAUUCAGUGGCCGGCCUGUUUCGUGAGCGAAUGCUUAGGUGCACACAGCUAGUGCCGUUUGCCACACCACUCGCUUCUAAGAAACAGAUGGUGUGGUAAGCAAUUGAUUGGUUGCAGAGGCGCUCGGGAUUGGCUAGGGAAAACUGUGGCACUUUGAGAUUCAUUGCAGAAAGGCAGCUAGCCAGGCAACAACUGUGUUGGUUGCCUUGGUGCUCAGUAGAAGUUGCCUCCUGUCAACUGCAGGCGGUAUCGGCUAGGAGCGAUGAAUGCUGGCGGACAGAGCGGCAUACAGAGAUGUGCUCUCUGUUUUGGGGCUGAUUUACACAUGCGCCAAGAGGAAAACGCAAUCAGCAUCGCCCAGCAACUGGAUCAUCGCUAAACAGGGUUUGGCCGGCCGCCAUAGCUGAAGUGUUUGCUUGCUGCACACAUACAUGCACGCUCAUGUAGAAACUACAGAGAUGCCCCGUCUUUUUAUUUUUAUUUUUAAAUUGUGCUGGAGACCAGUCUUGCAUCACAUGGGGGAGGCAGUUUACAGAGAAACCUGUUCAUUGUGUUAACAUGGUCAAGUUUACAACUUGGAGUAACCACUGCGCACUGUUUGCCUGCGACAGAAGUGUUUGUUGCAUCAGUAGAGUCUUUUUUUUUUGUGUGUGUGUGUGGCUAUAUUUGAUGCAAAUAUGCUCAAAUUCGAGCUACUUUCUUUUGCCUUCAGGUCACUUUAUUUUUUUUUUACCUACGUGUUGUUUUGUUUUGCACCAGUUCACUUCACUGCGAGAAAAAAUCAGGGUGUUGAGGUGUGGGGGGGCUGCAAAUAAGGCAAGCCUACUUCGGGUAUCGCACAUUUCAUCAGCCUGUGUAUCCCUAGUGGCUCCCAUACGAGCGCUUGUCUGAGACAACAGGUACCCCCCACGUGAUGCAAGACUGCGGCACUUCGCUUGUUGCAGAGCAGCCAAAGAUGUAAUAUUAAGGAGGAAACCCGAGUGACGCGAGAGGGGUGCUACGAACGUGGCGCUCGCGCCAGCCAUUUCCAAGCUGAGGGAGAUGUGCUAUCCUGUGCCAUGUUUUAAAGAGAAGAAGAAGAAAAAAAAAAACGGUUACCUGUCGUCGUGCUGUUAUGUGUGCGCAUGUAUAUUUUCUUCAUGUCCGUGUACAUAGCGUAGUGCGAGACGUUGUCGUCUAGGGGUUUCGGGGAUGGGGAGAGAUUUUUAGCUACAUAAUGUACAUAGCAGAGCACCGACAACACCACCACCACCACCACUCUUAAUUUAAGAAAGAAACAAGUCAUUGUGUAUAAAUGGUUGUCUCCGUGGUUGUACUACAUAUCUGUGGAAUUGAUCGUAAACCCAUUUGUUCCUAGGGAUUACAGUGUCUCGUAACAUAGUCACGUCACUGGUGUCGAGUGUGUGUUAAUGUUUCGUGCCUCACGUAGUUAGCCACCUUUGGUCUGCCUCUUCAUCUGCUGCUGGACAGAAAGUUCGCAAGUUGCAGGUGCCCACCUGCGAAAAGCAGCUGCAAAAGCAGACUCCUUGUGCAGCAUCGGCGGGAAGUGAAGGCUGCUGCCCACGCGUCGACGUGGGUUAACCAGUCUCUCGCCUCCCUCCGUUAGUCUUAUGUAUAUAGUUUAGGUGGGGCGUCUCAUUGAGUCUCGUUGCGGAAAGAAAGGUGCCAAAAAAAAUAAAGGAGCGCAGUCGUCAUUGCUGAGGGAGACGGUGCACGCCUGGCCGACAUUUGCCCAGUGCGCUGUCCGCAGGGUGACAUUGGCUUCUGUGCCUAGAUAUUAACCCUCGGCCAUUCCCAAUCGGUAAAGGGAGCUGCGCCUGCAAAAAUACUGUAGCGUACAAACUGGCAGAUGAAAAACAAGGAAAGAAAGAACAGAGUGAUUCGAGCUCAGUUGUCGUCAUUACUUACCCUUCAGAAAAUGCCGCCACAAUUGUUCGAGCUUGCUACCAACACGGAAUACGCGCGUGAGUGGCCACGGGAAAGAGCCCUCAGCUUUUCUUGCCCGGUGCAAAAGAAAGCAUUCUUGGUGGGUUGUGAAUUGUUGUCGACAAAAUACUACAACGCAAAGUACCUGCAUAUUUUCAAGGAAAGUGUCCGUGCUCACUGUGGCCCAACUCGGCUUCCGUCUCUCUUUACUUUAUUUUUAUUUUUGUCCUCUUAAAGCAUCGUUCACUAGUGAUCUGUUCGGCAGCUUAUGUUACACGUUUGGGCAUUAACCGAAUUCUCACGUGGGUCAAAUUCUCAGUUUCAAAUUCUCGUGACGUGCACCGCGAGGCACGAGACUAAGAGAUGGUGCGUACGUGUGUACAAAUCUCACCAGUGCUACACUACUGCUGGCAAGGUGUAGGGGCAGCAGACUCUGAAAAACCCGAGUGUGCUCAGAAAUUGGUUUCAAGGCGGCGACUACCAGCCUUUGAAAGUGCAUUCGCUCAAGUGUCGUCAGUGUUUCAUAAUCAUCGCAGUCAAGUGUAAAUACAUACUACAAGCAAUUGUACAUAGCUGUAUAGCCCUCGCAAAGGGGAGAUCAUUGUAGCAUUAGUCAAUGUCCAGAGAACAUAUAGUUUUAUUUAAAAAGCGAUAGCCCACGCUCGCAGGGAGGAUGUUUUAAUACAGCCAAUGGGGACGCGCGAACGUUUGUUGUAGCUGCAAAAGAGGAAGACGACGACUCUUGCUCCGGGACGUCGCAAGAAGUGUGCGCGAUUGGUGUUCACUGGCCGUUUCGCAGCUGAUAAAGGAUAUUGCCAAGACAUUCGAUUUCACGGUGAUUUCUCUUGGCUGUGCUUUGUCCAUAAAAGCUUGCAGAUGCCUAAUUUCUUUUUUAAUCUGCUCACGGAAAUCUUAAGUUUCGAGGUUGUAUCAUUGCUUCCCGUUCCUUUGGUAUUUAACUUGUUUCCUCUGAAAAUAUGGCAAAGGUCCAUUGUGUCAAGGCAAGACUGAUGUGCAAGCCAUAUUUUGUACAGUUCCACUCAGGAAGGCAUUGAGGUCAGUUGUAUUGCAAGGAAAAAAAAAAACUGAGGAAAACAUUCCCCAUCUGCUUGAUUUAUACUUUCUACAAUUUUUCUAUGUAAUAUUUUUUUUCCGCAAGCUGCAAUGCCCAGUGCCAAUCAACGUGUGUCAGGGUCCGCCACCUACUUUUUCCCGAAGUUCCAAAGGGCGAUUGUUUCUUUGGUGUUGAUAUAUAAUAUACAUAUUUGGUAUUGUAGAUAGCAAAUUGUAAGUAAGUGUAUUUAAGACUACAUCUAUUUUUUUUUUUCUGUCGCCGAGAAAAGUGAUGGAUAUAGUGCCACUGCAAUAUGUCAACGGUCUAAAACCAGUCCCUCUGUUUAUUUUAUUACUCUGAAUAGUGCCAUAUGUGUUCUCAGAAUGUCUGAGUUCGCUUACGUUGUCUUAUAGACUAAACGAAAACCAGUAAUGGUUUCACAGCCAGCCUCGGUCAAGAUAGAGAGAAUCGGUGACAUCUUGUGUUGCCCAUGCUGUGAGUGCGUUGCAUUUGUUAAUUUCUGAAUUCACCAUUUUUGCCAAAUUUAUCAGCCUUGUUGAUGUUGGUUACUUUUUUUCUGUUUCACACGCCUUUUUUGCCAUAAACAAUAGUGAAACAUUUUUCAAAGACCCGAAGAUAUGUCUAGUAUUGUUUGUUUGUUGCAAUAUGCAGUGGCAAUAUAAAGAGUUGUAAUAAAACUCAGUAUGCACAGUA